AUGCCCAAAAGCUCAAAACAGAAUAAGUCAAAGACUGUGGUUCCUCCUGAUUCCCUUCAGAUUGCUUCAUCCAACGCAACUCUCAAUACCUUUCUCGGUGGUGUCACUCGGUCAUGGAUGACCGGGGGGUCAGCCGCAGUCACCAACCCUAGGCCAGCUCCAGUAGCGCCUAGUACUAAUUCCCGGAAGCGGAACAAAAAGAGAAAGGCGUCUGACACGGCUCCCCCAACCCAUAACGACAAUGACAUAGAACGCGACAACAUCCCAUCAUCUGAACAACCACCAGGCGCCAGAGAAACCACCAUAACCCCGACCGUCCUACCCUCUCCGGCCCUGACCGAUGCACCGAGCCCGAAUGGCUCAAAUCAAGUUGAUCACCCCGAUUCAAGCGCUCACAUAGAGACUGCAGGGCCUGAGCGGCCUGUUUCUGAUAGUAACAUGAGACGAGGCGACUUCGUACACGUCGCGACCAACACCAACCAACUGAACCAUGCACCCACCGCCUUUGCGCAAGCCGAUAGCUCUUUUCCUUCACAAGUCUAUAGCACAGAGAUAGCAACUUCAUCUACGGUCACCGAUUCGACAACGACUACGCAGCCCCUUCAAAGAUCGAAUGUGUCAAUCGGUGCCGACAACACACAGUACGGUUCAACUGAGCCAUCGACAUCAAGCCCAAGAGUUCAUCCAAGGCCGUCAUCUACUGACAGCGAGCACAGGGCUAAGCGUCCUCGUGUACAAAGUGGAUCGACUUCACAGUUAACACCAAAUCAAGAAUUAUGUCAGUAUUGGUACCAAUUAAUCAAGAGUCGCAAAGAGCAGCUCCAAAAUAAAGGGCUCCUCAACAGCCACGGCAAUGAUGUCGAAGGACCUAGGUAUGACCUUUUGGGAGAAGCAUGUCAGCAUGUGGAUUUCAGUUUCAUUGCCUUUCACCAGGCGCUUUGCGCUUGGACUUUGAACCGAGAGCCUGUUUAUGUUGUCUUCGCCGGCUUAGUGGACCCUGGCACCUUAGAUUCUGCUUUCGAAAUAAUGCAAACCAUUACAAGGAGUAACUCACGCAUAUCGAUUCCUCAACUUCAGUGGUUUGCCAAUUUCCCCUCUUCUGUCGCUGAUUUCUCUCGGUCUUUUCCAGUUUCAGCUGCGGCCAAAGAAAUAUCUGCCUUUCUUACUCGGAUGGUAACACAUUGGCGCACGGUCUUGCGAUAUGUCCACGCCCGGAAUUACCCAUUGCUUGCCUUUGAAGCGAUACAUAGCCUAAACUGUCGAUCCCGUGGGCUUCAGAAUAUGCUGUUUACAACGAGUCGCAGGAUUCUUAACGUGAACGAUGGGCCAACGGCAGAUGCUUUGAAUGAAAUAUUUCAACAUGAUCUGUGUGUUGAAUACACCUAUGAAGCGCGUGGCGAGCGCCCUGAAGUUAUGAAUAUUCAACGAAACAAAGUGGCAAUGCUAUACAUACAACAUAUUUCAAAUUCACGGCAAAGUGUCCCUUCCAAUACGACAUUGUCUCCUGUUGUCGGUCAAAACCCUCCCAUGAUCGAGAGAAACAGGGUACAGUCAGUAGUCCGGCCACCGCUUGCAACAAAUAUUUCACCUCAAGUCACAAAUGCAGCGGCUCCGCCUGUUUUUUUACACAACUUCGAUGCCCUGGCUGUUGGAGUUUCUACAGGAGGCCCUGGGGCAACAAGCUCGAUGCCUGUCAACCAGGCCUUUUCGCAAGGCAGUAGAGGCCUCCAAGGCGCGCGAAGACCAAACCAUCUCCAAAUUCAGACGGAAAACCGAGAGGUUCCGUCAUUUCCCGCUCAUACUAGUCAAUCUCCUCUCGCGCAGCCUCCCCCUCUACCAAGGUCGUCAAGCGCUGGGUCGCCAGUGAUGCAACAAAACCAGGUGCCGCGAUCACAUGGCCAGGUGCGAACUCCCGUUCUGCCUUUGAAUAACUUGCUGCCACAAGGACGAGCCAACUCCUUCGCUUUUCCGUCCCCCACUUUCUCAUCUCCAGGGCCUUACGGUGCUCAAAUCACAAAUGCCCAAAGCCCGUCAAUACAUCUUCAUUCACUAGGAUUCCAACAAGCCAGAGGUCCGGCACAGGUGACGUCCCCUCAUCAUACUCAGACAGUACAGUCUCCGCAGCGUCCACCAGUAAAUGCACCAACGAGCCCUCCGCGUAGGGUAUCAGUGUCACAAAAUCCUAACUACGGGGCGCAAACAACCAACCCCCCAACCCUACCAUACCAAGCGCCAGUCACAGCCGAUAACUCUCACCAAAUGCUUCAAGUACAACAAAUACCUCGGGCGGAACGUCCUCCGAGUCCACAUGGGGAUAAUUCGCUCCAAACUGCUCUUCAUCAGAUUGAAGUACGCAGUCCUCGUCGCUUGCCGUCACAUCCAGGAAAAGGUCGAUUUUACCAAUUCGUCAAACAUCUUGUGUACGAGCCUGUACUCCUGAAGCCCGCCAAAGGCCUGCGAUCUUUACGUUUCACCGUGCCUCAAGACUAUAUGCGACAACUCUCGAGAAAAAUUGAGGGAACUGGCCUUCCGUUUUGUUACUAUUCUGAAGGGUCCUACCGCUGUCGACUACGUAUGUGUAUGAUACCCGAGACGCAACCGGAUCCUGAGGAACACGACUGGGUGGUAGCGGCAACAUCCUGGCCGGAAUACAUCUUCUUUGAAUUGAAUGACAAGCAACUGGAACUGCGCCGCAAACUGCACUUCGGCAAGGACCAGCCGGUGGAAUUGACUGAUUUUUUGCGCGACGGUGAGAACGAACUUACGACCAGUUAUCCUCCGGUCAACCAGAACAAGACACCGGGUCAUAACUAUUAUUUUGCUAUCGAAAUAGUAGAGACAAUCAGUCAUGAUGCCGUCCGCAACAUGGUCAAGUCAAUACGGCGCUGCCCCCCAGACCAAACGAAGGCGAAAAUCAAGGGUCGCUUGCAACCGUCAGAUUCGGACGACAUCAUUAUCAAUGACGAGACCUUGACAAUUUCCUUGGCUGACCCUUUCAGCGCAACAAGGUUUACGGACCCUGUAAGAGGCAGUCAAUGCAAACACCUCGAAUGUUUUGAUUUGGAGACAUGGCUUCAGACCCGACCUCCGAAACCAGAACGGAUCGGAGGCGGUCCGGAACAGAAAGGGGGUGAACCCUCGAUGGUGGAUGUUUGGAGAUGUCCGAUAUGCUCUCUUGAUGCGCGUCCUGUCAGCCUCUGGAUUGACGAGUAUUUCGCAGGAGUACGUCGAUCUUUGGUUAGCAACGGUGACAUGCGGACAAAGACUAUCAGUGUGACCGCUAAUGGCCAAUGGGUUCCAGUGUUGGACGCGGACGACACAGCUGAUAAAUCUAAGCCUGGGCUACAACCUAGAAAUACAGCCAGCGACAAUGCUGGGAAGCGGCUAAGACCAUCAUCCGUCACAACAGCACCGACUGUUAUUGAGAUUCUUGAUGACGACGACUGA